AUGCCGAGACGAUUGCGAGCUCCUGCCAUGUUCGAAGUGUAUUUUCCGGCCCAGUCCCGCUGUUGGUAUGGCCGGGGCCAGGGGAGGGAGAAUGCGGUGAGGCAGAGGAGGAGCACUGUCGAGCAGGAUUGCCCCAUGUUGCUUCUUCAUCCUGUAGCCGGCCUCAACACAUACAAGUGUGUGAAGAUGGGUGUAGUGUACUCUGUACUAUACCAAGACGUGGCAUGGUGUUGCAAGAGUGGAUCCCCACGACGGGCCAGUAUCAGCGUCCGCUGGCAGCGUGGGGAAUGGAUCACCAUGGCAGCUUAUCUGGGGGCCGGGGCGGCCAGAGCUGUCGUUGUCGCUGUCGCAUUGUCGUCGCCGCCCAUGCCAUUGUGCUGCACGGCAUGGCCAUGCCAAGCCAGGCCUGGCAAUGUGAUGCAGGUCAACAAGAGCAACACCACCACCACUACCACCAUGGCUGCUGCAGCCACGAGCAUGAACGCAGUGCAGUGCAGUGCAGUCAGUACUAUUGCUAUCCUCGUGUAA